AUGUGCAGGCUCGGUCAGAGAUACAGCAGAGACCAUGGGCUGCUGUGGGUGAGCCCCUUCUGCUUCAUGGUCUCCAGGAUGCCUUUCUGUCCCAACCAGGUCAUUCCCCAGUCAUACUGUGAGCACAUGGCUGUGCUGAAGCUGGUGUGUGCUGACACUACCAUAAAUCGUGCAUAUGGGCUCUUUGUGGCCUUCUCUGUGGUUGGCUUUGAUACGAUUGUCAUCAGUAUAUCCUAUGUGAUGAUUUUGAGAACUGUGCUGGGGUUGCCCUCUGGUGAAGCCCGGCUCAAGGCUUUUGGCACAUGUGCUUCCCAUAUUUGUGUCAUCUUGGCUCUUUACGUCCCAGCCCUCUUUACUUUCCUCACCCACCGCUUUGGACAUCAUGUGCCCCGAGUGGUACACAUCAUGUUCGCUAAUCUCUAUUUACUGGUCCCUCCCAUGCUCAACCCCAUCAUUUACGGAGUUAGAACCAAACAGAUCAGGGACAGGGUUAUUCAAGGAUGUUGUGGCAAAGACCCCUGA